AUGAAGACUGGAGACUAUCUCUAUGUGAGAGUUGGAGACUUUGAUCUAAGUAGGCGAGUUGGAAGUCUAGGAGCUGAGACUCACCGGGUGUAUACAACCUAUAUUCAUCACAACUACAACAGCCAAACAUUAGACAACGACAUUGCUCUGUUGAAACUAGAGAAAGAGACAGGUCUAAACAAUGACACAUGUUUGGUGUGUCUUCCCGCCAGGGGCGUUACUCGACAACCCGGGAAACAUUGCACUGUCACUGGAUAUGGUUACCGCGGAGAAGCUGGCCCUAUUAGUCUCAAAGUGCGUGAGGCUGAAGUUCCUAUUGUUGAUGAUCAGGAGUGUACCGGCAAGAUAAAUGCAGUGAGUGAAAAGGUGUUUAUUCUACCGGCCAGCAGCUUCUGUGCUGGUGGGGAAGAAGAAAAUGAUGCUUGUAGGGGUGAUGGUGGUGGCCCCCUGGUGUGUGAAGUAGAUGGUUAUUAUGAACUCAGCGGAUUAGUAUCAUGGGGAUUUGGAUGCGGUCGGAAAGACGUACCAGGUGUUUAUGUGAAGGUGUCGUCCUUCAUCGGUUGGAUUAACCAGAUCAUCAGUGUCAAUAACCUCUGAUGAUCCUCUGUCGUCACUUCCAGAAACCUUGAAUGUGUACUGUUAUAUAUAGUAAAAGUUUCUACUGAAAGUUCACUAUAUUUUUCAACAUGACUUAAGGUUCCAUUUAGAUUGAAAAACUAUUAGAUUGCAUGUGUAUUUUUAAGGACCUGGUAUUAAUUUAUUGAUUAUAAUUUGUUUUUCAGUACUCUGCUAGAGUUCUGUUUCUAUAUUUCAGUAUGACCUAUUAAAAUGUAAUACAUUUGUUACAUCUUAUAACUGUUCUCUAGUGGAAGUACUUUGUAACAGUAAAAGUCUGAUAUAAUCAUGGAAGUUCUAGUAGGUGGUCAAUACAUUGUAUAAAUUAAUAUCUUGUUUAA